UUUGUUGAUGUGAUCCCAUGUGCACGAGAUUAUCUAAUUGUUAGUUAACUUAAGAUAAUUAAUUAUUUUGAUGAUACAAUUAAUUAGAGCUUGUUACAUGGGAUCACAUCGGCAAUUCUGCGAGAUCUUGGUUAUUUGUUAAGAUUUUAGUGAAUAAAAGCAGUUUACCGUUUUUGCUGAAAUUUGUAAAUUUGUUGUAGUUAUGUGGAACAUAAAAAUACCUAGUUUAAUUAAUUAGUUACGUGAAUUUGACCACAUUGGAUGCUAUUCGGCCCGUUUAAUUGGGACUUUUGGUGAAUUUUCGGAUUUUCUCAAGUAUUUCUCAAAUAUUCUUGAGUUAUGUCGUCCAGAAAGGAAUCGAAAUUCUGCGACGACUACGAUGACGACGACUUUUACAACGCCAGGCAUAAUGCCUAUGAUCAAAAACGUCAACCCAACCAUAACCCACGGCCAGCAGAAGGCCCUCCUGUUUGGACGAAUCCGUUCCUUUCAACAACUGAAAAUCUGUCACGAUUCAUCAAAUUGGAACCAGAGGAAGCUACGACGUCGGCAUCGAUUAUACCAAGAUUUAUUAAGCAGGAGAAGAAUACCGACACUGUGACCACUACAACCGUCGUAAAAAAGGAGUCGAGUCGGAUUGCUGACGUCAAUGUGGACAUUUUUCCCGAAGGAAUCAACAAUCUCUGCGGACCAAAGAAGGCCAAAAACAAGAUCAAAGUGGAGAAAACGGUCGUCGCCGAGACGAGCAGAACUUUUGCCGUAAAAAUUGAGAGGACACCAGUGCCACCAGUUCUGCAGUCAAAAAGCCUCCACCGCAGUUACAGUAAUCAACCAGACGUCAAAAUUAAUCCUGUAAACAAUCCUUUCAAAAUUUGCAAUUUCCUAAAUUCCACAAAAUCGAAAUUUCAAUCCGACGUCAAAAUUAACACUUCCAACCCCCGCCCCAACAAUUACAGCGGUCAAUCUGACGCCAAAUCUAACAGUGCCACCUCCAGUAUCAAAUCUGAUCCUGCUCGUCCGGUUCCCUUCAGGUCAACCAAACUCACUGACCCAAACCCACUGCCUCAAAGGAUUCAGAACAAGGUGGCACGCCGCUUGUCAAAUCCGCAAAAUAUGACGGAUUCUGAGAGAGAGUCGCGACGUCGUCAACGGUACAAGCGCGACAACACGCUCGGGUAUGAGGGCCGGAGUCACCAUCGGCACGCACAUCAGGCCGAACGACAGAAAGAGUAUGAACGUUAUAUGAACGGCGGUCAAAAAGACGACGACGACUCCGAUGAUUACUACAACAGAGAUUAAAUUUAAAACACCUCAAUUAUUUCUCGGUGUCUGCCGUAAAGUUGAAACUCAAUUUAUUUUUGCUCAAAAUUCGAACUUUCGAUCGAGUUCUGACUCCAAUCUUCAAGUUUUCAUCCUGUCGCCAUUUCUCAAUUCUUGCCAGAUGAAUUGAACUGCGGUUAUCUUGCUAUUUCUCUCACUGUCUCUGCCGAACACUUUCAUCGGUCAUCGAUUUAAUUACGCCACUACAUAGUGUUCUUUUAAUUAAGUUAGAUUUUCAAAAAAUAUCCACCUGAAAACUAGAAAAUAUUGCCAAAAAUAUUUAUCUUCAGAUUUUCUAAAGUUCAAUAGUGUAUAAAUAGUUUAUUUAAUUGUAUUGGUGGUGGUGUUAGUAUUAGUUUUACACUAAUUAGUAUGCAAAUUAGUAGCAAUUGUAGCAAAGUUUAAGAGCAAUAAUUUAUACAACUUAUUUAUGUAGUUCUAGUAGAAGUAGAACAUUAAUAUGUUUUAUCUUGCCAAGCGUGUUCUUGUAAACUUUACAAAUUUUACAAAACUAAAAACCCUGCCUUCAACAGUAUCAAAAUACUAUUUAUAAUUCUAAAUAACAUCUUCACUAGUUGCCUUAAUUAUAAUAAUAAUUAUAAUUAUGUAAUAAUAGGAGCUCUCAAGGCUCAAAAAAUGAGCGAAAUGAGCAAUGAGCAGAAAAAUAAAAAAUCCGAUUUUUCUGCUCAAACCUUGAACGUACCACUUUUUUUAUCGAUCAUAAUUCUUGAGAAUCGUGAUUUUUAUUUGUUGGAAGUUCAAUCAUUUGUUUAUCAUUUUCAUGGUUCUAAAUUCAGUUUCAUAAUUCACAAAAUGUCGAAAAUAACUGAACGUUAAGAGACAUUUGAAUUUUUAUCAUUUAUUAUUUAUUUAUUUUUAUGUGGUCGUAAUAUGGAUUUGAACAACAAGCCCAUGAUAUUUUCAAGCUAAUAUUGCAGGAGAAUUAAAACGAACAGAGCAUUUAUCUCAAAUAAUUCAUUUUAUGCAGCAGCAAUAAACAACUAUAAAUCUCAUAUUUAGGACUUUCUUCGCAGUUAAGGGCCAAAGCAUCUUGGAGACGACGAAGGGAUUCAGUGCGUUUGGCCACCUGCUCAAACAUUUUUUUGCGAUUAAGGAUAUGGUCAUUCGAAAUUAUAUGUGGACAAAAAACUAUCAUUUACCUUAAAAGUGUAAUUGUCGACGACAUAGAUGAUGUGCUGUGUCAAUUUUUAUUUGUGGUUUCCAGCGAAAAGUUUUUCUGCCGUCUAUUACCUCUACAACGCCACGUUUGUUACGACAAACGACGGGAUUUGCAACUUUUUCGACACUGGUACCCUUAACCUUGGUCUUGGGACCAAUAAUGAUAAGGAAAACAUGUUUUAGAAAAUUUUACUCAAUUUUUAAACGAAAAAUUUAAGUAAACAAACAUCUGAUGUGCUGGUGUGGUGAUGGAGGAGCAGAAUGAGCAGGAUUAUGAGAGCAAAAAUCAACCUAAAACUCGAUUUUUUUGUUGAGCAAGAAAAUCUGAUUUUGAGCGAAAUCGCAUGCGCACAGCCGAGCAGAAAAGAUCAGAAUGAGCGAUGAGCAGAAAAAUCUGAUCUUUUUUAGAGCUUUGAGAGGACCUAAUUACUUCAAUUCACUUAAAUCUUUAUAACCUUGUAAACUUACUUUCCCGUUUCGAAAAAUAUGUAUUACAAAGUCUAGAGAUCAACGCUGUCUCUAUAUCUUUAAAUAUUUUGUCAAAUCCUUUCACAAAAUUGCUGAUUUUGCGAGCCCGGCGAAGCCGGGUGAAGCAAAAUCUAGAUUUUGUGAGUCUUCCGAGUACGAAAGACAUCACGGAGUAUAGUUGGUAGUGGUCGACCUCCAGGUAUCAGGGAGACACUACGCGCCGCCUAGUUCACAGAAAUGCACUUAAAAAACAACUACCACACUCACAUGCUCACACCACACCAGUCACAAUGCAUAGUUUUAAAGAGCGAAUCGACUUUAUGAAUAUUGUGGGGGUGGGAUGGAGGGCCGUGAUGUCUUUCGUACUCGGAAGACUCACAAAAUCUAGAUUUUGCUUCACCCGGCUUCGCCGGGCUCGCAAAAUCAGCAAUUUUGCUUCGUAUUCCUCAUACUCCGACAUCACGGAGUAUAGUUGGUAGUAGUUCAAAGCAAAGUCGAUGAGCACAGGUCACGGAUUAUUUUACACGUUAUUUAUUAUUAUAAAUUCAUACUUUGCUUAUUACAUACACACCGUACAAGAUUCUUAAAUAUUCAAAUUGACAUAACUAUUUUACCAAAUUCAGAGGGAUCCUCAAAUGGACGAUUAUAGUACAAUGCAAAUGAUUUGGAGUUAUCUGUCCAACCAACCCUUUUAAAAAUAGUAUCUACACUGACCCCUUUAGCUGCCGCUUUAGAAACGGAAGCGUGCCUAAAACUGUGAGCAUGAAAGGUAUGCACAUUAAUUCCAGAUUUCUCCAAAACUUCACACAACCAGCGACUGACAGUCUGUGAUGUCACAGCUUUAUGAGGCUUACAAAAGCUUAUAAAUAAUUGUAACUCAUUACCUCGAAGACUUUUAGUCAUAUCCCUAUACAUUUUGAGAAUAGUUACAGGACACAAACUUUUAUCAUGGUAGGGUGGUACAAAUAAUACUGGGUUAGAUCUAUUAACAAUUGUUGUCUUUAAAAUACUACUCAGUCUAAUUUGAAUUGUCUCCUCCCAAACAAUGUCGUUUAACUUAAUGGAACAAAGGGUCUGGACACGUUGACCAGUGCAUAAUGCUAACAAGGCAAUAGAUUUAAGAGUAACUAUUUUAAGACUAAAUUCUGUCCAUCCCUUGAGAAAUUUAAGUACAAGAUCAGGGUUCCAUGUAAAAUCAUACCUAGGUCUUGGUGGCCUCAAUCGACUCACUCCUUUCAUAAAAUCGACGAUCAAUUUAUGCUCACCAAUUGCACAAUUAUCAAUUUUUCCAAAAACAGACGACAGUGCUGAUCUAGUAGAAUUAAGAACAAAAUAACUCAAGCCAUCGUAAUAUAAUUUACUUAAGAAUAUCAAAUAAUGACUAAUAUUAACUUCCCACACCGACCAAUCCUUUGAUUUACAAAACGAAGCCCAUUUUGAUAACGCCGACUCAUAUUGUCUCCAAGUUCCGUCUGAUUUUGAUGACUUCUUUUGAUUAUUUCUAAAACUUCCACAGGAAGAUCCAAGUUUUUCAUGACCUGCCUGACAAUACUGCUACCAACACCGCUAGCUUCGAAUUGACUUGUUUCUCCUCCCUGCAAGAAGGAUUAAAUAAUAAAUUCUUGUUCGGACCCAUUCUUAAAAUUGGUGUCACAGCAAAACGCUUAAAUAGUGGGUACCACGGCUGAGUUUUCCAGUCAGGUACCACCAAAAUCCCUUUGCAUUUAUCUCGACGUAUUUUAUUAAUAACUCUUGCAACAAGAUUAAACGGUGGAAAUGCGUAAAAGUUGUCUGUCCACCUAAAUGCAAAUGCGUCUACCCCUUCACCCGAAGGAUCAGGUUUAAAUGAAUAAAAUCUGCUGCAUUGAGUUGUAUUAUGAGAUGCUAACAAGUCUAUCUCUGGCAUACCAAAUGUCUCUGUUAUUUUAAUAAAAUAUUUUGAACUUAAUUUAAACUCAGAGGAAUCGUUUGACAUUCUGGAUAAUUUAUCGGCUAUGAAAUUAUCUUUUGUAUUAAUGUAAUUCGCAGACAAAAUUAUUUCCCUUGAUUCGGCCCAUUGCCAAAGCUUCUUCGCCACAUCAUGUGCACCCGUUGACCUACAUCCUCCAAACUUGUUAACGUAGGCUAAAGCAGUGGAACUAUCUGUACGAAUAAGGACAUGAAUUUUCUCUGAAUGAACCAAUGACUUUACACCAUAAAAAAUCGCCCAGAGUUCCUUAACAUUUACAAACUUCUCGGGACAUGAAAGUCCCGAGAAGCUCCAGACCAAAAUCCAUAAGUCUUAAUAUCGCUUGCUUCAAUCCAUGCCCCCCAUCCGGUGGGCGACGCAUCUGUUGUUAUAAUACAGUCUGGAUCUGGUUGGUGUAAGCAACUAAAUGAACCUGGAAUAUUAGAGAUCCACCAAUUUAAGUCUAAAAUUGCGUCUUCGGAUAGAAUGAGCGUUUCAUUCCAAUUUCCAGAUUUCUCUAAGGCAGCAGCCUUUUCUUGCUCCAAUUGUUUAGUGUACAGCAGCCCAUAUUUAGUAGCAGGGACUGCGGAGAUUAAUGUGCCAAUUAAUUCUGCUAAUUUCCUAACGCUCAUAUGAGGUCUCAAAACUGCCUCAGAACACUUUCUAACGACUCUGUCGCACUUAUCCUGUGGUAAAUACAGCCGCAUGUCUGCAGAAUUAUUACCAAAUAGCCACUCAGCAUGAGGGAUCUAAUUUUUCACAAAUUUUGCAUAUUAAAAGUCACCAAAUUAUCAUUAGCAAUUAUUAAAUAUGUAGCAAAACAAUGAUAUUCGUACCUCGCUUGUACAGAUACCCGCAUAUUCAGGAUUUAAAUGUUUUUUAACCUCUUGCCUCCGGCUUGAAUUUAGGGACUGAAUCUGAUCUCCCAAAAUGUUCCCUGCAUCUAAGGCCAGUUUUACUAUGCUGCUGGUCGCCUCCUUUGGGAUGACCGUCUUAUGUGCCACGACCGUGCUGGCAAUCAUUGAUAACGCUGAUAAGGCUUCUCCUAAGGCCCGCUGCGUUUGUUGGCUUUUAAUGUCAACGACCCGAGCAUUUGAGGGUAAUAUCUUCCAAAUUUCGGAAUUGGUUUUGGGUGGAACAAACUGCUUCAAGUUACUUGGUAUUUUUAGAGCGAGUUUUAGUUUUUCUUUUGACUCCUUCGUCAAAGGACGUUCCACGGUUUUUCGAAAACUUUCAGCAAUUUGGGGAAGUACUUCUGCACCAUAAUCUGGACCCUUUUCGAUGUCCUCCAAUAAGAUGGCAAUCUCAUUAUCCACCUCGUCAUGCUGCUCUUUACCACCUCCGUUAAUCAUUUUCUCGACAUCAUCCUCUUCAUCCUCAGAUAACCCUAAGGACCAUGACGGCUUGACUGCUUGAUUCAUAUCUGCCGGUCCCCCAGCGACAGUUCUCUGCAAAUUUUCAAUUGUUUGCUGUUGCUCACUAAGUUUUGCUAAUAGAUCAGCCAAAUUUGUCUCCUCUUUGUCAGCCAUCUAAAUAAUUAUUUUUCUAUAUUAGUUUCUAGCAAAUGUGGGCCCCUCAGGGUACCACAGGCCCGUUUCCUAAUCUAGGAGCGUGGGGCUGAUAUUUUAAACUCGUCACCUUAUCAAGGUGUCUCAGAGUAUAUAUUUGAAUCUUUAUUUUAUAUAAAUUUUCCUUGGCCAUGCUAAAUAAAAAUAAAAAACUCCAUCCCGAGCUCCCCAGUCGAUUAUAAAAGAGUGGGCUUACCUCAUUAGUUGACGACAUGUCCCAGAAUAUCGAAUAACAGCAACUUUUAGAAAUUUUUAAAAAAAUUUCAAGCCGACGAAAAAUGAUGUGUCUCCCCGAAUGCCUAAAAAUCAACUAUGCAUUGUGACUGGUGUGGUGUGAGCAUGUGAGUGUGGUAGUUGUUUUUUAAGUGCAUUUCUGUGAACUAGGCGGCGCGUAGUGUCUCCCUGAUACCUGGAGGUCGACCACUACCAACUAUACUCCGUGAUGUAGGAGUAUGAGGAAUACGAAGCAAAAUUUAUACAGUUGACAGUUACAAACAUCCGAGUGAAUUGUAUGUAAGUCUAAUAAUCUCUUGAAACUGGCAUUUUGCAAUUCAAUAAUCUCACUAGUCUUUGAAAACUAUCAAAAUUUAGAAAAUAUAUUUUUUGCAACUUACUACAGAUUCGUAGUAAUUCGUGAGCUUUCAAUUCAAUAAAUAAAUGAAUGUAUGAUUACAAAAAUAACUAAAUUAGUAAUUAGUUAACCUAAAGAGUUUAUAAAUUGUUACACAUAUUUUUCAAAAUUUCAAAUAAAAAUUUACACCCUUAA